UGGUGUUCUUUUGUACAGAAAAAAAUCUUGAUUUUAUAAUCUCUCUGAACCAUCAAUUUUUCUCUUAGCCUAUCUAUAAACUUGCUCGUACAAAACUCCUGUUCUUCUGCAAAUCUAUCAGAGAUAUGGUAGGAAGAAGCUACAGCUUAAACAUGCGUGGACCUGAGUCCACGGCUCUUAGAAUAGCUCUUUAUGAAAUGAAGGAAGAUGUUCAGAGGCUCCAAGAAGAGUUAGAAGCCGAGAGAGAAGCAACUGCCACGUCAGCGAGCGAAGCCAUGUCAAUGAUUCUAAGGCUUCAAGGAGAAAAAGCGGCUUUAGCUAUGGAAGCUAGCCAGUACAGGAGAAUGGUGGAGGAGAGAAUGUCUCACGCUGAGUUGUCACUAGAGCAUUUAGAGGAUCUUAGUUACCAGAAAGAAGUUGAAAUCAAGAAUCUUGAGAGCAAAUUAUAUGCCUACAAGUCCAAGCUUUUGAGUUUGGGAUGCAGCGGAAUUGAUGAUGAUGAUGAUGAUGAUAUGAGAUGUUGCGAUAGAUCUCAAACGCCAUCUCCAGAACAGGUUGAUACAGAUCUUUUGGUUCCUGUUGAGAAGGAAGUUAUUGAGCAGAGCUUGGAUUCAUCAAGAAGACAUCAUGACAAGAAUAUAGACUUGUAUUGGGAUCAGAUCAAGAAGCUAAAUGAGCAAUUAAAAGAGCUUACAGAUUUUAAAGAUUUUAUAAAAACAGAAAUUAAGAAUGGAGACAUAGGUGAAGCUUUUGCUGCAAGCUCAUCAAACAUACAAGAUAUAGUUCCAAAGAUGUCUAGGAAAUCAUCUAAACGGAAGAAAAACAGAAGGGUGAAGAGAGAUAAUGUGGAAGAAAGUUUCUAUGCAAAAGAUGCAGAGUAUCAAGCCGAGUUGCAGCGGUUGAGAGAGAGAGUAGAGCAGCUUGAGCGGGCUAGGUGCAACACAGAGCCUCAAACUAGUGAAGUGAAGCAAGAAGAAGAGUUAAGUUAUGUCCAAGCUGAAAUGAAGAAUUCAAGAACAACUGAGAAGUUAGUUCCUUGUUAUGACUCAGCUAUUGUCUCUGUCCAAGAGGCAAUGCUUUACUUCUGGCUAUGAGACAUGCCUUUUGUCUGCUCUUGGUGGCAUUAGAGCGAGUAAGAAUACACUAACUAAGAUUUCUACAAAUAGGAAGAUCAUCUUGAUUUUGUUCAAGAAGUAUACAAGCCUAUAAGUGUACUUGUUUUUGUUUUUGUUUUUGUUUUCAAUAUGGUGUGAUUGAGAUUGUACUUGUUUUUGUUUUCUUUUGCUGAAAUCCACAUUUUUGUGUAGUUGAGCCUUUUGGGAAGCAAAUAUUUGUUCUGUUUUCUAGAUAUUUUUCAUGGUUUUGUUCAGACAAUUAAGAGAAGAAUGAAAGUGAAAGUUACCAACCUGAAGAGUUUUGUGGAUGCUUUGUCAUCUCUG